AUGAGAGUAUUCAAACUUCCUAAAUCCAUAACAGAGGAGCUUAACAGAUUACUUAGAGAAUACUGGUGGGGCAAACAAGAAAACAAAGGGAGGAUUCAUUGGUGUGCCUGGAACCAUAUGAGAAACUCAAAGGCUAAGGGUGGACUUGGCUUUCGGGACCUGGAAUAUUUUAACUUGGCUCUCUUUGCUAAACAAGGUUGGAGAUUGAUUCAACAUCCAGAGUCUCUAGCUGCCAAGAUCAUUUCUGCAAAGUAUUAUCCCAAGGAAACUUUUUUGCAGGCAAAACUCAAGAGAACUGCUUCUUUCAUAUGGAGAAGUAUCUUCUCUGCAAAACCUCUAUUGGAAGCAAGCCAUAUCUGGCGCAUUGGUGAUGGGAGAAGGACUAGUGUUUGGAAAAAUAAAUGGCUCCCGGGUACCACCUCACACAUGAUUCAAAGCCCUAUCAAGGAUUCUGACCCUGAGGCUGUGGUUGCAUCACUGAUUGAUUAA